CGGACACGCACUGAACCGUAACGAUCGCGAAGGUGUUGCGGUAUAACGGGGACUUUUGAGGCGCUUUUUCAGGGAACAAAUAGGCCCUAUCUUCCGCACAGAUCAACACCACUGUACCACCACAGAGGAGCAGACAGUUACCUACAGCAGGCGCUCGGCGGGGCGGGAUGGACUACAGUUAUGAUACGGGCUUGGAAGAGAUGUGUCCGGUGUGUGGGGAUAAAGUUUCUGGCUAUCAUUAUGGUUUAUUAACCUGCGAGAGCUGCAAGGGCUUCUUUAAAAGGACCGUACAGAAUAAUAAACGGUACACGUGUGCGGAGAGUCAGGACUGUAAGAUUGAUAAAACCCAGCGGAAACGGUGUCCGUUCUGCCGUUUCCAGAAAUGUCUCAACGUCGGGAUGCGACUGGAGGCGGUGCGUGCGGAUAGGAUGCGGGGAGGGCGGAAUAAAUUCGGCCCAAUGUACAAACGAGACCGGGCUUUAAAGCAGCAGAAGAAAGCCCUCAUCCAGGCUAGUGGCUUAAAGAUGGAAGCCACACCCCCUUUGCUAUCAUCUCCCCAGACUGACUACAGCUUCAGCACAGCACUGUCUGUCCCAGCUCCUAAAAACCCUCACCUAAACAUCGGCACCUCUGUGGCCCCUUCCGAUUAUGAACGCAGCCUGUACACAUCCAGUUCUCUGAGCUUUUCUGUGCCCAUUCCUGCACAUACUCCUGUGCCAACACAGUACAUAUACCCACCCUUACCUGUCCGUGCCAUCAAAUCCGAGUACCCAGACCACUACACAAGCUCAGAGCACUACACCAAUGCCAGCUCACCAGAGUCUGUGCCAGGGUAUACAUAUGUCAACCAGUCACAAGUGUCAACGAGCCCUCCCUUGGCCCCACCAGGCCUGAUGGUACCAGCACUGGUUCUGGAGUUUGUUCGCUGUGAGCAAGAUGAGCUGCUGGUGCAAAGCAAGAUAAGUGCCCACCUGGCCCACCUGAAGCAGGAACAGAACUCUCGGAGUACCCCAGACAAUCAGGAACAGAACACGCGACAUGCAGCCAAACCAGAACGGCUCACCACCUUCGGCCUGAUGUGCCACAUGGCUGAUCAGACACUCUUCUCCAUCGUGGAGUGGGCACGUAGCUGCAUCUUCUUUAAGGAGCUCAAGGUAGGAGAUCAGAUGAAGUUGCUGCAUAACUGUUGGAGUGAACUCCUUGUGCUGGACUAUAUCGCCAGACAGUUGCAACAUGGCAAAGAGGACAGUGUGCUUCUCAUUACUGGACAAGAGGUUGAGCUUGCGUCCCUACUGGCCCAGGCAGGGGUCACUCUGAGUGGGAUGAUACAGAUGGGUCAGGAGCUGGUGCAUCAUUUACAAGAGUUUCAGCUUGACCGUAGAGAAACCGCCUGUCUCAAGCAUCUCAUCCUCUUUAAUCCUGAUGUAAAAUUGUUGGAGAACCAGCCUCACGUUGAGAGUGUGUAUGAGCAGGUAAACGAAGCAUUGUUGGAAUACACACUGUGUGUGUAUCCGCAAUUCCCGGACAGAUUUAACCAGAUUCUGUUGCGCCUUCCCGAGCUCAGAGUGUUGAGCGCGCAAGCUGAAGACUACCUGUGCUACAAACACCUGAGUGGAGAGGUGCCGUCCAACAACCUGCUCAUAGAAAUGCUGCAUGCCAAGAGAACCUGCAUCUGAUACACACAUAAACACAUAAAACAGGCCCGAUUACUUCACAGAUGACACUGUAAUUAGGGUCUGUUAGCGAUUAAAUGUUUUGCAGCAGUAUGUGAGUGGUUGAUUUCAUCUCUCACAUGCAGAAAACCUCAUCAACCAUGGCACUGUGUUUCCAAGAGAGACAGAGAGUAAAGAGAGGAGAAGAUGCCAGUGUUAAUGACUGUGUAAUAUUUAAAUAUUUAAUGGAGUAACAGAUUUUAAUGUGCCUUUCUCCUCUCGUUACAUACUCACAUACAUGCACACAUGUACACACUGAAACAUUUGGGCCCUCUUACAAGCUGUAUUAGAAGAGAGAAAGAUGCCAAAUUUACUGUCACUGCCUCGGCGGCUGUAUCUGAAACCCAAUUGCAGCAGUGCUGACUAGUGUUUUCUUCAUUUUAAUUUUAUAGUAUUUUUUUUUUAUAUAAAUGCCAGGGUAAUAUAACACAAAGAAUAAUGUUAUGAAUUUACAAUAAAUAAUGAAAACAUUUUAAAUAUUAAAAAGUUUGCUAGAUUUAUGCUGCUAAAUAAGGUCCAAGCACAUCAUCACAGUCUGGGUGAAACAAAACCUACUGAUUGUCGAAGCCAGUAGAAUCUCUCCUAAUUAUUUCAAGAAAAACGAAACAAAGUUUAGCACGAAUGAAAUGAUUUACUCAAAAGGGGCUCAAUGGCUAGUAAACUAACCUUCAUUAAAUCUCCCUUUUAAGCUAAACAGAAAGAAAGAGAGAAUAGACCAUUGUCUGAGUGGAUUCAUUGAAGGGGAGUUGCCCUAUAAUCCCUCUUUCCAAUACAAAACAUUUACUACA